GUCAUCUCUUCAAAAAUGUAAAUCCGAAUAUAAACGUACAAUGCCCAAAGCACAUGCACAAAUAAACUAUUUAGUGCAAUAAUAAAAUUUUUUAAAUCAUCUCCCGUAAAACGGAAAAUAACCAGUUAUACAAGUUGAUGCUGUCGACAAUGUCACUCUUUCGAUUGUAUGACAAACAAUGCCAACACUAACCUAACCUAAAGACUGAAAGUACACGUGCAGUAACCUCAUAAGUGGAUGAUACAAAGAAGUGGUUUAAUACACAAAUCAAUCUGCAAGAUAUUACAAAAUGAAGCUAAAAAAUUUGCGAAUAAAUCCUCUGAGUAGAGUUCAGAAGGAUAGGGACGAAGCAGUUGCAAGCACAUCGAAAGAUGAAACACCAGAGGUUAUUUUACCAUCUGAAAGCAAUUUUAACCACAUAAAAUGUAAAGCCGUUCGAUAUAAAAAAUGUCAGAAAUUGAUGAAAGAAAAGGUGAAGGCUAAAAAAGAAGCUCGGAAGAAAAGAAUUCAGGAGGGUGGUCCAAAACAAGUGCCUCAUACUAUUGAAAGUUUGAGGGAAAAAGAUGAGACUACGGUCACUGGUGACAUUGAUGAUGAAGAAAAUCAGGAACUCAAAAUUGACUUUGAACAUGAUGAAUUUGCUUCCUAUUAUAGGCAUGAUUAUGAACCUAAGGUUUUAAUUACUUACGCUGACAAUCCAACAAGGAAAACUAGAAUUUUUGGUGUUGAAUUGACAAGGAUCAUACCAAACUCUAUUUCAUUAUACAGAAAUCGUUCUGGAGUAAAAAAGAUGGUUAAAAGUGCCAUUGCUAAAAAUUUUACUGACAUUAUUGUUGUUAAUGAAGAUCAGUGCAAACCUAAUGGUAUGUUAGUUAUUCAUUUACCUGAUGGACCAACAGCAUACUUUAAACUUAGUAAUGUUAAAAUAACACCUGAAUUAAAAAGGAGUCACAAAGAAAUUACUACCCAUAGACCAGAAGUUAUUUUAAACAAUUUCACUACACGUUUGGGUUGUACAAUUGGUAGAAUGUUGGGGGCACUAUUUCAUUAUCAACCAGAAUUUAAAGGGAGAAGGGUUGUAACAUUUCAUAAUCAAAGAGAUUAUAUAUUCUUCAGACAUCAUAGGUAUCAAUUUGAUUUCAAUAAGAAUAAACCUAGAUUGAGAGAGUUAGGACCUAGGUUUACUUUAAGAUUGAAGUAUUUGCAACAUGGAACAUUUGAUACUAAAUAUGGAGACUAUGAAUGGCUUAUCCAAGGAAGAAGACAUGACAUGGAAACUAGUAGAAGGAAAUUCUUCUUAUAGGCAUUUGAUAUAAAU